CGUGACUAUGUCGACGUCAUAGAGGUUGUCGUCAUUAGGAGCCACCGUUGGUUAUAAAGUUAUCCAACAUCAACACCAACUACAACCUCACUUGCACUUGAUUUAUACCGCAUCCGUCACAAUGUACCGAGCAUCCACUUUCCGUUCCGUCAUUGCUGCCCGUCACGAUCGUGCCUCGGCGAAUGCCCUUCCUGUCGCGCGUAGGAUGUUCGCAACCCAGCCCCCGCCGGGGCAAGCGCCGCCCAAUCCGAAGGCCAGCCCCUCCACCAACAGUGGCGGAUACAACAACGGUCUCAUCAUCGCCUCUGCCGCCGCCGCACUUGCGGGAAUGUACUAUUUCUACAACCGCGACCGCGGUAUCAGUCUUCAAGAGAAGAAACGCAGAGAUGAGGAGGAGAUGAAGCAGAAGGCUCGCGAAGCAGGGGUAAGCAUCAGGCAAGCUGGGGAAGCAGGGAAGGCAAGGACUGAGGAUGCCCUCAUAAAAGGCCGGGAGAGUUAUGAUGCUGCGAAGGCCUCAGCUAAAGAGACAGUGGCUGCAUCCCGCCAAAAAGUGGGCGAGUCUCACUACGAUCUGACAGAACAUGCACGGCAGACAGCACAUGAAGCGCAGGAAAAACUGAACCAGUACAAGAACGCAGCUGAGCAGUCUCUAGCAGAUGCCAAGAGGACAUCCGAACGUAAGUUUGAAGAGACGAAGGACGCCGUUGCACAACGCGCGGAUGAAGUCAAGGAUACAGGCCAUAACUGGUUCAGUUGGGGGCAGUCAAAGACAGGCGAAGUAAAACGCGAAGGUGCUCAGAAAGUUGCUGAGGGUACCGAAGAUGUCAAGAAGAGAGCGGAGAGGCAAGUAUGAAAUUUGUGGCGAACUUGAAUGGACAUUUGACGAGUUGUACGUCUGAAUAAGUAUUGUAAUACAUUACCUUUAUUCCCUAUACUGUUAUAUCGCAUAUGAUUCUCUCUGAGUCUUCGACGAUGGUGUACCGGCAGUUCCGCG